AUGGAUGAACUUCUUCAUGACUCCAAUUCCGCCAAUGACCAAAACUCUGAAGGAUGGCAUGGACCCUUUUUCGCUUUAUAACGUGGCUCUUUUUCGAUUUUUUUUUUUCUUUUGCUUUGUUUUUGUCUCUUUUGCUUCCUAUUUCCACUCUCCUUUUGGUCACUCUUUUUCUUGUCGACUGUCACUGUUUGUUUCCAGCAUUGGCCAUAACAACAUUGCAAUGGCCCAUGGAGACAGUGCUGUUCCAACCCCUGGUUGCGUCUAUACGGAACUUACCCAUCCCAAGCGGUUCUCCGGAUCUGUGGCUGUGCCAUUGUCGUUUAAAAACACAGAGUUUGUUGCUUUAUUCCGUUUUUCAGUUGAGUUCGUGUAAAUAUCAGUGGAGAAACAGGCAAAUCGAAACAAAGAGCAAGUCCUUGAGUGGAUAAAAUAAGGGGGAAAAGCAAAAAAAAAAGAGAGUGAGAAAGGUUGGAAAUUGGAGGAGGAAUAGCAAAAGCGGACAUUUGGGGAAAACCAAAUUUAUAAUGAGCCAUAGGCCCGACCUGACGUCACAUACAGGU